UAAUAAUAAUAUAAUAAUUUUAUUGAACUUUAAAAAAAUAUGUUCAUAAUUUACAGAAAUAUUUGAAGAAUUAAGCACUAUAUAACAUUAACAAUUAUAUAAAUCAUAAAAAUAGCAAUCACUGUGUUAAUAACGAUUUCGCAAAUACAUUCCUUGCAGCUCAGAUGCGGUCAAUGACUCUUGCAGGCAGUCCAGAGUUUUAAAUUAAGUCAUUACAAAAGAGAAUUAUUCGUCUCUGAUAUUAAAAAGAGAACAAGUUAAAAAGAAUAAAAUCUCGUAUUCCUAAAUUGCUAAUUCUUUAAAAAAAGAUCCUUAAAAAAAAUUAAUUCAGGCAGGCUCUAAUAUUAUCGAUCUGUAGGUCUGAGUCAACAAAGUAAUAAUAAUAAUGAUAAUGGUAAUAAUUAGUAACAAUGAUAAAAAUAUUUGUUUAAGCAGGAAAGCUCUCUGAUCAACAGGUCAUGCACUGAGAGGUUCUGUUCUAAAACGUUAUUAAUAAUCAAAGACAGUACUACAAAAAAUCACAGAACAAGAGGGUGGACUCUGAAGUAUGAGAGGGACAAAAUACUCUUACACUAAUAAAAAAAGGCUUCAAAAAGCUACAUCCAUUUCACAUGCUUAUCUGUCACGUGAAACUUAAGUAAACACAGCGUUUGAGAAAAAGCGUUUUGACCUUUGAUCAUUGUCGCUUGCGCACUUCGUUACCUUUGGUUGUUACUAGUUAUAAUUGGUAUUGUGCUUCUCAAAGUAAACAAAAAUCAAACCAACCAUGAAUAGCAUUGUAACAGUACUCUCUUUGCUUUCCUCAAUGAUUUGCUUCACAGAUGGAAGUCUAAGAUCAUCUUUGCUAUGUGUACUGUAUUGUUAUGAACAUGGUGCUGAAAAGUGUUAGAAACCAUUUUGAGCGAUAUUAAAAAUGAGGGAAGUUUCAAUGGUUAUAGGUGUACAUGAUUAUUUUUUGUUUGAUGUUUCAGGUGAAGCAAGGCUUGAUUCAAUUCUAAUUCAUGGUGUUGAUGAAAUGAGUACCAAAGAUAUCUUUGCAUAUUUUAAUGAUUUUGCCCCUGGCUCAGUGGAGUGGAUUGAUGACUCUUCAUGUAAGUGCAAUAUGGGUUGUCUCAUUGUCCUACACUGUCAAUAUGAGAAACACCACUUCUUUCUCGUCAGUCUAUAAUUAUCACAGAUAUGAAUACCAUAGAACCUCGAUAACUCCAAUUCCUAGCUAACUCGGAUGAAAUUUCCUUUCCCUUGAUCAAAAUUUCACUGAAAUUUCCCCUGAUAACUCGAAUUCCCUGCUAACUCGAACUGUUUUUUGUUUCCCUUCAGAGUUUGAGUUACCAGGGUUCUACUGUCAUAAAAUAUUGUAAAUUCUGUUGUAGGUAAUGUUGUAUGGGAUGAUGACUUCACUGCAUCCAGAGUUCUCAUGGCAACAGGAAAAGAAAUAGAAGGGAAUGAUGACACAAGUGAGUUGAGAAUACCGAAUUACAGUCAGACCAGGCCAAACCCUACCACCAUAGAUGCUAUAAUGGACUGAUUAUUUGAAAGCUGAAUCUGUCAGACAUUGUUGUUAUUGGUAUCAAAAAAUUUGAAUAUUCCUCCAUGGGUGAUAAACAGUGAAUUUUAGACUUACUACAUCUUCUCUCUAUUUGGUCAGUUUAAAAAAUCUUGCAAACUUUGAAAAGGUAAAAAAUCUUUUGAAGACAUUUAUUUUAAGGUCCAAAAGAAGGCCCAGCUGACUGUUAGUGUUAACUACGUCUUGUGUGCUUAUUCACUCCCUAUUAAAUGUCGUGGAACCUCUGUUCAGGGGACACCCUCGGGGACAUGGCAAGUGUCCCCUGAAUAGAGGUGUCCCCUGAAUGGAAUAUGAGCUGGGGUUUGUUAAUAAUUAACCAACAAAUAAAAUAUAAUUUCUCUUAUAUUUUGCCUCGGAAUCUACUGAAAACACUAUUUUAAGCAGCUAGAUAAUGUUUAAAAAAUGUUGAUUAACUGCCUUAUCUCUGUGAUGUUAUGUGUUGAAUUCCUGCAAGUGAAGUACAUAGAUGUGAGUGAUAUAACUCAUGUUUUGAAAGCUACUGCCGUUACAAAUAGUGAACACUUAAACUUAUCAAUGAUUUUUGUGGUCAGUCACUUUUUUAGCAAUAAGCUGUCCCCCCCCCCCCUGCAUGAAGGUUAAACCUGGGUUUCAGGACCCAGAAAUAGUGUUCCUUUCCCCGUAAUAGAGGUGUCUCUUGAAUAAAGGUGUCCCAAAGGAGAGGUUCCGCUGUAUACCUUAAUAAAGAAAUGUAUCUGAUAUCGACAAUGACUAACAGGUUCAAUUUUCAUAAAUUAUAAUAAAUCCAUUAGUAGGAUCUAGAUGGGGGUAGGAUUUACCUGGCUUGACUGUAAAAGGCAAAUUGGCCAACUUCAGUCUUGUCAUGCUUUGGAUACAAACACAAAAACAGAACUUACACUAAAAUCAGUAAAUCUUUAGACUGUAGACUCCUUCCAACAACUCCUUUCAUGGCUAUUUAACAAGUUUCAUAUAACAGAGUGGUUUUUUUUUCUGUCAAGCAGUAAAUAAAAAGGGCUAUAAUUGAUUGUUAUUUAUAUCCACCGAAAGACCACGGACCACUUACUCAUCUAAACUGAUCAAGCCAAAUGUUAUUUAACAACUUAAUGAUGACAGGUGAUGAUAUAAGUGAUGCUGCAGAAAUCAGAUGGAAAUUAGGACCAACUCAUCCAAAAGCAAAAUGUCUUCUCAUGCGAUUAGCUACCAAAAGUAAGUAUCAUACUUAGGUAUAUUUGUUUUAAGUCAAAAUCUUAUUCAGGUUAAAAAUUUUCAACAUAGGUUGUUUCUCAAUUUCAUUUGUCUCUUAACCCCAACAUACAUGAUCAAGAAAAUAAUAUUAGGGCUAGGAGACAAAAGAAUUGAGAAUCAACCUUGGUUAACCUGAAUUUUGUAUUGACCUGUAUCAUAUUUAAUUCAUGUUUGUUUUCUUUAAUUUUGAGAAGUUUAUAUCUGGUCAGUUGUUUCUAUACUAUAUUUAGAAAGAAUUUGAGAACUUUGAAAACCUAACCUAAAUUCUGUAUUAAAAUGACAAGAACUCUCUUAUAUAUUCUGUGGUAAGUACCGGUAGGUAAAUUUCAGCUGUACUCUUUUUGAUCAGUCAAAUUUUGAUUUUAUAAUACUAGCCCACCUUAAAAAUAAUAUUUAGUACUUUAUAGUUCUCUUACCAGCACCUCUUGAUAUCCACAUUAUGGCCCUUAGGUAGUUAAGGGCAUGGUGUUCAUCAUAUUUAUCCUUGUCUUGUUGUCUGAGUGCUGGGGUUAAAUUUUAGAACCACAAAGACUCAACUACGUCUAUUAAUUAUAUCUAUUGGUCAUUUUCCAUUUAAUUUACAAGUAAUAUUCAUCUAUUUUGCCAAUAAAAGUUUUUAUUGAAUUCCAGAGGAUAAAAAGAAACCAGGAGCAGCACAACGAAGUUUGUAUUAUUUGAUUCAUGGAAAUCCAAACUCAAAAAGUAACACAGGUUGGUGAUUGUCUCAAGAAAAUUGCUAGUUCAUGUGGUAGGGGUUCCAAAGGGGGACAGAAAGGGUAAAUGGCCUGCUAGCAGAGGACUCUUUUCCAUGUUAUUUGAAUACCAGGAAAAAGAAGCCUCUCCUAGCUGGGAAAAGGGAAAAUUGUUUGCAAAAGGAUGAUAAGGGCGCAAAUCUUUGCAUGAAUAUCCUCACUUUUACUUUUCUUUUUUUUUUCUUUUUUCAGGUUUUAAGAAAGGUCUUGUCAGCUCAUCGAGGUAAUGCAGGAUUCAGGAACAUUGUCGUUACUAAAUUUUAAGACUAAAAAAAAUAUUGUCCUUUUUCACAUAAUUUUAGUUCUCAGCAACUGUCCCUUUAAUAAAAUAAAUGGACCCAUCAUGUGAUGUACAACAACCUCCCAUAACCGACCAUUAAUACAAAACAGCAAAAUUAAUACUUUUCAAGUCAAGGGCAAACCUCUUAUAAAUUCCUAACUCUUGUACCAUGUUUGGGAGUAGCAGUUUUAGAAUUUUCCAAGGUACUUUUCUUUGGACCUCAGACUGUAAGAGGGAAAAGGGUAAAGCCAUUGAGUCAGGCAGCAUCAAAUUUCUCCCAGUAAUAUCAGCGCUUUAUUAAACAGAGUGGCCAGCAUGAUUAAUGAUUGAUGUUUUAACAUCCUCUACAACAAUAGCAACAACAACAAUAAUGUAUAUUAUUUAAAUGAUUAAAAAUUUUUUAAUCAUUUAAUCUUUAUUUUCCUUAUUAUUAAGUUUUACAAAAGCACACUGGCCCACAGGUUGCUAGAGCUAAUCUUGGUAGCCCAGUCAAUUUACGUAUAGGGAGUAUUAAAUUUCUAUUCUUUUUAUGUACAUUUUAGUAUAUAUAAUAUAAUGCAGAAAAAUUAUGCAAAGGUGAGAAAGAAUUUCCAGUACAUAAAGGAUUUAGAGCAACUAAAGGUUAUUGUAAAACUACUUAGGAGGCUUACAGAGGCAACAAAGCAACAAAUGAGAAUUGAAAUUUUGAUGUCAGAGGUGAAAUGGUUAAGCAGCAUACCAUUACUUUUUGCUUUGCCAUUAAGAAAUUGUGUGCUAUUACUUUUUCCUCAUUCCAAUUUGAAGAUGUGUCACACCUGUUUCAACCUCGUUCCCAGGGUCCCCUUCUACUCAUUCCCCCCAGCCGCCGAGUAGGACAGGAACCUGGGAACGAGGCUUUACCUGUUUGUAGAAGAGAGGCCCUGGUUCGACUUUCAUAAGCGACUCCUAAUUCUGGACUGAAGCCGCCGGUGCGAAUGCCAAAACGCCAAAAUUUCCCUUCCUUGAUUUGGGGAGGUGGGAGGCGGGUUCUAAGUUCUCUAUUUAUUUUGUCCAAGAUUGUCGUAUGCACUGUUCCUAAGUUCAUCGUUUGUUCUCUCAUGAUUGGAACAGGAAGAGGAAAAUACAGAAAGAAAGAGAACGAGCAAAGCACAUGUUCGACAGCGGCCCUGAAGUACAGUUUCUUGAGAAAAUCGAGCCAGAGCAGGAGGAAAAAAUGGAAAUAGAUGAACCGCCCCUCAAGAUUGUAGUAACAAACGACGGACCCACAGAGGCGCCCGAGAGAAGCGAUUCUCCAAAUCUGCGCAUGCGUAUGUACGCGGAUACGGUGGAAGAGGAUGACAGUGAGAGUGAUGAUGAUGACAGAAGAGAAAGAAGAGAUAAAUGGAAGGGAAGAAUUGAAAGAAAGGAAGAGAAAAAAGAGGAAAUCAAACCACAGCCAACUUUGGACUUGCGAUCUAAACUUCUGAGUAGAGAACGCCAUGGUUUUAAUUUCAAAAACAGACCCUCCUUAUCCAUAGAAAUCAAAGAGGAGCCAACCUCUUGAUUUUAGUCCAAGUUUAUGUACAGUUAGGUACAGUUCUCAAUAGGGCAUUUGCACGUUGGCUUCUUUCGACCAGAAUCGUUUUAUUUUAUUGCUUUAUAAAUUGCCUUUAUAAAUCCACUAGGAUUCAUAAAUUAGAUAAAACAAACAAAAUCGAAAUAAAUGGGCCAAAACUUUUAAUUUCCAAACGAGGCUGAGUACAAAACCUUUCUUGUGAAAAUGAGUUAUAUUUGCAUGAGAAUAAAUAGACUACGAGCAGUCUCUCUUUUUUCUUGGUCCGUCGAGCAAAACGCCCGAGACACG